AAACCUAAUCGUAGGAUUUUUUCUCGAGACUGCAGGUUUAGGGAAAACCCUAUCAAACCCUAACCCUAUUCUCUAACCUAUAAUAUACGUGAUAUUUUUGCCGCCCGGUUGAGACCUCGUUAUAUUCUCGCAGUCUGGUUGCACAGAGGAGUUCGGUUCAAACCUAAGGUGCGUUUUUUUCAGGAAAGAUCUGUAUUCUGGACAGCGUUGAAACUUUGGUGUUAGUUAAGUUGAAGAUGGGGCACACUGCAGUAUGGAAUUCUCAUCCCAAGACAUAUGGUUCAUGCUCACGGGCCUGUCGUGUGUGUGGAAACCCACAUGCCAUUAUCCGCAAAUAUGGUCUUAUGUGCUGUCGUCAGUGCUUUCGCAGUUAUGCCAAGGACAUUGGCUUUGUUAAAUAUCGUUAAGUUAUCGGUGGAAGAUUUAAGCUGCUUGAGUUUUCUAGUAAAUUUGCAUCAUCAAUGGCAAAUACAUAAUUGAAUUUUCGCUGUUCUGGAUUUUAUUUCCAGACACUUAAACUCUCUCGUUUUUUAGAUCUAAUGUUAGUCUUGUAUUGAAAACAAUUCAAAAUUAUUAUCUAUGAUGAGGAUUUGCUAAUUUGAAAGAGGAUUUAUUUUUUUA